UAGAUAAAUGCGCUUACAUGACACACAUACUACUCCUAUCUGCAAGCUCAACAAUUUUUCUAAAAUUUAUCGUCGACAGUUGUCGAUGUUAUUUCUACUUGCUUGUUAUUUGCUCGUUCCUUCGUCGAAGCCUAAAACAGCAUGAGUGGUGAUCCCCCUCACCCUCCCCCUCAUAUGUAUUAUCCACCUGCCGGACAACACCUACCUCCUUCCCCCGGACAAGGGUACCCACAGGGAUUUGCACCACCAGCCUAUAACCCAACUGGAGGAUACUACAUGCCGCCCACACCUGCACAGGCUGCAUACCCACCACCAUGUACUCCUGCUGCAGGGUUUUAUCCUGGACCAGCUGCAGGAGCUUAUCCCCCUCCUCAGGGAGGUCCUUUACCUGCAGGUUAUUUUCCCCCUGGUGGGCCACACACAGCACCACCUCAUGGACCUUUCCCUCCACAAGGAGGACCACACUCAGGGACAUUUCCAGCAUAUGGUGGACCACAUCCACCUGGACCACACCUUGGUGCAUUCCCACCAGGACCACACCCUGGUAACAAACAUGUGGAUGUGGAAAGUGAUGACAGUGACCCUUCAGGAUUUGCUCUGUACUCCAAAGAAGAUAAGCAUCCACUCUCCGUUAAGUUCACUAACAAGGCAGGCAAGAAAGUGAAACUGUUUUGGAUCAACAAAAGAGGAAGGAGGAAAAGAAAAGGAAAUAUAAAGGAAGGCCAAAGCAAGACAGUAGACACCUAUGAGACGCAUGUUUUCAUGGCCUUCAGUAGGAAACUAAGUCGUGAACCUCUGCCAAUUAAUGGUUCUCCAGUAUUUUAUGUUUUCCCUCACAAACAUGGUGAUAAGCAUGUGGAAGUUGAAAUAAAGAAACCAUCAGGAAGUUCAUUCAACAGUUUGAAGUCAGAGGCUCACGUGACCGUCCCUGUUGAGGUGAAAUUUGUGAACCGUGUUAAGUGUCCAGUCCAGUUGGAAUGGAUCAAUCCUCAAGGCCGCCGUGAGACUAAGAAGCAUCUCGCCAAGGGUCGAUGCUGGCGCACCACUUCCUGGGAAGGUCAUUACUGGGUGUGCACUGACCCAAAGAAGGAUGGUCAUUUCUUUGCCCUUAAUUAUGGUCUUCACUACAGAGUGCAGAAGACUAGAGGAGCGCGAGAAAGAGUUGUCAUUACAGCAGGAUCGAAUAUUUCUGGAAGCAGUAGUAGCAGCAGCAGCAGCAGUGACUAAGGAACGACUGAACAGAAAAUCGUAUCUGCAGCUGUGUUAGAAAUACGUCAUUGCAGUGCUGUACUUGUGCUACUUGAAUAAUUGUCUUUGUAUUGCAAAUUAAUAAUACAAACUGAGUGACAUUGAUA